CUUCUUCUUCUUACGCCACAGUUCGGCAGAAUUGUACACGUUUUUGCUGCAAUUUUUUUUGUUGGCAUUUUCUCUCAGUUUGUUCAAAUUAAAAUCGCGUCGAUAAAGUGUAUUAAAACGCGCAAACAGUGAAAAUGGCAUUAACCUCGCGUUUCUACAACGAAAGAUAUCCAGAGAUCGAAGAUGUCGUCAUGGUCAACGUGCUCUCCAUUGCCGAAAUGGGAGCUUACGUGCAUUUAUUGGAAUACAACAACAUUGAGGGCAUGAUCUUGCUGUCUGAGUUGUCACGUCGUCGCAUACGCUCCAUCAACAAAUUGAUUCGUGUGGGCAAAACAGAGCCCGUCGUCGUUAUACGUGUGGACAAAGAGAAGGGUUACAUUGAUCUGUCCAAGCGUCGUGUGUCGCCCGAAGACGUGGAAAAGUGCACCGAACGCUUCGCCAAGGCAAAGGCCAUUAAUUCACUGUUGCGGCAUGUGGCCGACAUUCUGGGCUACGACAGCAGUGAAAAGCUGGAGGAGCUGUAUCAAAAGACAGCAUGGUAUUUUGAAAAGAAAUACAACAGCAAAACUGUGGCCUAUGACAUCUUUAAGCAAUCGGUGACGGAUCCAUCAGUGUUCGAUGAAUGCAAUCUGGAUGCCGAGACCAAAGAGGUGCUGUUGAGCAACAUCAAACGUAAACUGGUCUCGCCCACUGUCAAAAUUCGUGCUGAUAUUGAAUGCUCCUGUUAUGGUUAUGAGGGCAUCGAUGCUGUCAAAGCAUCGCUGAGCAAGGGUCUCGAGCUGAGUACCGAGGAGCUGCCCAUCCGCAUCAAUCUAAUCGCGCCUCCUCUCUAUGUGAUGACCACAUCGACCACAAAGAAGACAGAUGGUCUCAAGGCAUUGGAGGUGGCCAUUGAGAGCAUACGUGCCAAGAUUACCGAAUUCGAGGGCGAGUUCAAGGUGAUCAUGGCACCCAAACUGGUCACCGCCAUCGAUGAGGCGGAUCUGGCGCGUCGUCUGGAGCGCGCCGAGGCCGAGAACGCUCAGGUGGCUGGCGAUGAUGAUGAGGAGGAUGCCGCCGAUCAGGAGGGCAUGCAGUUUGAUCCCGAGAAGGAGUUCAAUCACAAAAACGCGUCUGCCAACGACGACGAUGACGAGGAUGAUGAAGAUGAGGAGUAAACAAGAUGAACAACAAACUUUGAACAACAAAAACAGCUACAACAAUAACAACAACAUGAUCAGCAACUGUAAUUUAUAUAAAUAUAUACAUCAUCUAUGUAUGUUUAACACGCGUGCGUGUGUAUUGAGAAUGUGUGUGUGAAUCAACAACAAGUAACAACAAUAGACAAAAGAAAAAACGAAAACUAUUUAAUUUUUUUUUUUAUAUAUAUUACUCAAGAACAUUUGCUUCCUGGCUGCAAUGACGGUAUUGAGAAGGUCCGCGUAUGUAAAUACAUACAAAAUGCUACAUAUAUAUGGUUUAUACAUUUAUAACUAAAUCAUUAUAAUAUAAUAAAUACAAUUUUAAAAA